AUGUAUUGGUUCCAUGCUCUCCUGGUGACUGUGUUUGCAUUCCUCGCCAGCACUGAUUCUCUGUCAGCAGCAGCACAUUCCGGACAAAGGAAAACAGGCUUGACGAAAUCGUCAACCACGGCGAUCGUUUCAAACGCAAAGAGAUCACUGAGAUUCAACGAUAAGGAAAAUGGUGUGGUUGGCGGUGAAGAUAUUAUCGAGGGGAGAGGCGGUGGCAAGCUGUCCGACUACUUUGGGAGGUUUGGUGGCAUGAAAAGUAAAAUGUUACAGUGGGCUCGGGCAGGCAAGUCCGACGAUUUCGUGAUUGAGAAUUUAGACCUUAAAGUCUAUCGGGACAUACGCUCAAGAGUAACAAGAACUACAAGCAUAAUAAGCAGUUUCAAGAGGCUCUCUUGGAUAUCUCGCUCAAGAAAAUGA